AUGGACUGGCAUCGCAAUAUCACCGAGGACCCUCGGUCAGAUCCAGUUCACAGUUCAUAUUCCCAGGACAUACCGUCUUCUCCUCCAUCCAUAGUCUCUGAGGCUGGGACUCGACGAAAACCGAAGAGGCCCCCUCCAGUGACUCCACGCUCAUUCAAGAGGUUUUUCACACCUCGGUCGUCCCUCAAUGCCGCCGCAGUCAGUUUGAUGCCUGCCACUCGUCAGGCUCUACGGGAGCUUACCACGACAUCUUUGAAUCGGCGGGGCCCAGCAUUCACCAAGGCAAAGUCCUUGAAUGCACCCAAUACUGCAAGUCAUGGAAUUUUGAAAAGCCCAUUCACGGAAACUGCUAGGACUCCCAGUAGGAAGCGAAAGCUAUCCUUCUCUUCACCUGGCUCUUCCCCGCAGUCUUCUCCAAUUCGAAGAGUUCGCCUUGCCCCUCCUAUUGAAGAUGCUCACCUGGUCGAGAAGACGGUCAAUGAGAUUGAGAUCCCACCGGGCCCUGAAACAAUCCAUUCACCACAAAAGUCGAUUCAGAAGCAACUAUUUGUUGAGAAACCUCCCGUGGAAGCUGUGCGUCGGUCGAGAGUUCUUGGUACAUCUGGCGAGUAUUGUCUCCGCAGCGUCUCGGGACGUGUGAAUCGACUUACCAUGCGAUACAAUUAUGGAACUGAUUGGAGAGAUCAAACAUCAACAUUCUAUUCUCGGCCCACGGAUGUCCAUCAAAAUACCAGUGUCAAUGAAGACCGCCCUGCUCUUCCCUUUUGUAUUGCACCAUGCAAAACAAAUUCACUUGUAGCUAUUGGAGAUGAGGAAGGGGGAAUUCGCUUAUUGGACUCCGCGAAGGAGGAUAAGGUUGGGUUUUCAAAAGCGCACGUAUCGUUCCGUGCACAUGGAAAUUCUAUAAUGAACCUCGAAUUUUCCUCCGAUGACCUGCUUCUGGCAACUGCUGCUGGCGACCAAACGACACUCAUCUUCGACAUGGUCGCCCAGAAACCGAUUCAUUGUUUGUCGAAUCAUACGUCAUCAGUGAAGCACGUACAAUUUCAACCAGCAUCCAACAACAAAAUGCUUGCGACAUGCAGCCGUGACGGUACCGUAAAUAUUUGGGACCUACGAUGCAAAGGUCAUGAAAACCCUUCCAUGCAGAUUCACUGUGCUCUUGAUUCAGAUGGCGACUCUUCGGCAUCACCGCCCACGGUCAACUAUCCCCAACCCUUGAGGACCAUUCAUGAUGCCCAUGCGUUCAUGUCGAGAAGUUCAAAGCUGGCGGCUGUCCAGAAACAGGAUAGUCACUUCAGCAGAGAGAACGUCACAGUAACUUCUCUUUCGUUCCUACCAGCAGGUCGUGAAAACCUGUUCGUGACGGCAUCCGAGGCUAAUGCAUGCAUCAGACUGUGGGAUAUGCGUACAUCUUACAAUAUCCGCAGAGGAAGCCCAGCUCCCUUGUCUACCACACGCGAACCGGAUAGCCAUGUCAACCACAGAUCUUACGGCGUGACUUCAUUGGUAUUGAAUGGAGAUGGCUCGAGAUUAUAUAGCCUUUGCCGUGACUUGGCUGUAUAUGCCUACUCGACCUCACACUUGGUCCUAGGCAGUUCUCCAGAUCUAGCGCUAAACAACGACCGGCCUAGGCGUACCGGAGGCCCCGACAAGGAAGGCCUAGGACCGCUGUACUGCUUCCGUCAUCCUCGGCUCCAGGUAUCAACAUUCUACGUCAAGGCUGCGCUACGAUCAGCCAAGGAUGACAAAUCUGAAAUGCUUGCUGUUGGAAGCAGCGAUAACUGCGCCAUUCUGUUCCCUACAGAUGAACGAUUUUUGUCGCUGUCUCAGCCGGCCGUGCAGACACAGACAGAUCUGCCGCCUACUGUUCGGCCUCCUCUUGUACGGUCUGGUCUUCGACGAACUAACUCGGAUAUGUCGUUCUCCGGCAGACCAGAAAGUUCAAUCCCUACGUAUCGAUCAGGAACUCCUCUUGUCGGGGGUCACAUGAAGGAGGUUUCGGCUGUGGCAUGGACGUAUGACGGCGAGUUAGUCACAGUUAGCGAUGACUACAGUGCCAGAUGCUGGCGUGAAGGGCCUGAUGCGCGCGAUUUACGUACCGGAGGUGAAACGGAUGGUCGACGCUGGGGCUGUGGUUGGGCCGACACCCCAGACUCUUACGAUGAUGACGAAGAAUGAGUAAAUUUUCCAGGGGCAUACACAGAUGAGCGUUGUGUCUUGUCUUUUACUAUUUUCUAUACCCAACAUACUGCUCAUUUUGCAUAGGAACUUUUCCACUUGGGAGCCCUAUAUAGAGCGGCAUUGCGAUGGCGUUCUCUUCGGGCUUGAUUACAUGUUAGGCGUAUUGUGGGUUUAUGUUUUUCAAAAUGGCAUGCAUAGUUCUGUUACCGCUGUAUACUUAUAAUUGUUCUGUCUAUUGGUGUGCAAUGUUGUUCCGUCGUAACCGGUAUACAAAGUUAGCAUUACACUUUAGGUGAUGAGGGCGAACAUCAAACCCUACUACGAUUAUAGCAUCUAUACAUGUCCAUG